AUGGCUUCAAAGAAGCUCAAAGUCGGCCCGAAAGCUACACUACCCUUCAAAACUUCUAAUCGAGAAAAGAGACAACGACUACACAUCACACGAAAGAAGGCAUUAGGAAAUGAAACGAGAGAUGAGCGUCGCCGAAGGCGGAAGCAAGAGGAUCAAGAUCCCAGGCUUCGGGAAGAGAGGAUACGAAAGAAUGUGCCAUUGACUCUGGAAAGGAAAAGGAUAUGGGAUGACGUGGAUCGAGACACUGGCGAUGGAUUAGGUAUUUCAGUGGAUGUUGAACGUUUGAAGCGGAGGAAGUUGGAGGAAGAAGCUCGGCAAAUUGAGCAAAAUGGCAUUGAAGACGAAGCACAGGAUCAGUCAGCUGAAGAGAUGGACAGUAUGAUAGAUUCGGAAAGCGAGUCUGAGACUGAGCCGACAGAGGAGAAGAGCAAGCCUCCUACCAAAAGGACGGCCACAGAACGAGCCACCAGUCCUGUACAAUCCACCACAAGUACGAAUCUGGAUCUCGCGCCUGAGACUCUCGCUUUACGAUUUCCAAGUCUUUUUAGCGUCGACCCUCCUCCGACACCGAAGAUCCUAAUCACCACAUCUCUCAGCUCCACGCUCCACUACGAAGCACAUCUCCUCACCAGUCUCUUCCCUUUCAGCACCUACAUACCUCGCUCUGCGCACCGCUACAGCCACAAAUUCUCUGUCAAAGAAAUUUCCUCUUUCGCCUCCAAUCGAAACUAUACAGCCGUCAUAGUCCUCAAAGAAGAUCAAAAGAAACCCACCGGCCUCACGGUAGUUCACCUCCCCCAAGGCCCUACCUUCCACUUCUCCAUAAGCAAUUGGCUCGAAGGCAAGAAACUGCCUGGUCAUGGCCAGCCCACCCAGCAUAUUCCAGAAUUAAUACUAAACAAUUUCCGUACACCGCUCGGUCUGCUGACUGGGCAUCUCUUUCGCACGCUGUUCCCCUCGCAGUCAGAAUUGCAGGGGCGACAAGUCAUUACAUUGCACAAUCAGCGAGACUACAUAUUCCUCCGGCGACACAGGUAUGGAUUCCGAGAAAAGAGGGAGAGGGAGAAGAAUGUCAUUGGGCCAGAUGGGAAAGACGUGCAAGGAGUUGAGGGCAUACGAGCGGGCUUGCAGGAAUUAGGACCAAGAUUCACUUUGAAGCUUCGAAGAGUCGAUAAAGGGAUUCAAAGGGGAAGUGGACAGGAGUGGGAGUGGAAAGGCGGGAUGGAGAAGACGAGGACGAAAUUUCAGCUAUGA